AUGAAACCCAUAAAAGACGAAAAGAAUAAUGUUGAAAAUCAAGUGAGAAUGAAACGAAAGAAUAAUAUGAGAAAUGUGGAUGGAUAUAUGAACGUGAUGAAUGAAAAAGAAGCAAAAUCAGAAAGUGAAGGAACAUAUGACCCUGGAGGUGGUUAUCAAGAUGGAAUCAGAAUCAAAAUGAGCGUGUAUGAAGUAUUUGAACGUGAUGUCAAAUGUGAUGAUGAUGAAGAUCAUAGAUGGAAAAAUGAGAACUUACCUAUUUUAAGAAUGAGAGAUAAAAAUGCGAUAGAUCAAGGUGGUGGAGCAUAUAACCAUGAAAAUUGUUUCAGCAAUGGAGUAGGAAUGGGUAAAGAUGAUAUAAUUGAAAACAAAGCGUUAAAAUAUUAUUAA